UGUCGAAGAGGAGGAGGAGGAAACGAGGAAAAAGAAACAAGAGGAAGAGGAGGAGGAGGAUCAACAAGGUUGUAUAGAAAAAGAGAAAGAAGGAUCGUUUCCCCUUGAUCUGUUACUCCCUUACUUACUGUCGUCUGUAGUAGUACACAACACUUUGCUUGAUUCCGACGCAAUCGUGUUAUUAUGAGAUUGUCAAUCGUCGUGAGACGAGGCGUUAUACAAGGUCGUGGCUAAAAGACUUUCCAGUGGAGGAGAUAUCAGAGGAACGUCAAGGUCAGGUCUCGUGAAUAAACUAAUAUCUCGAGCAAGGUCCUAUUUUUCGUAUAUUACCAAAAGUAGCAACGGAGAGGACACCAAACGAUUAAACAUCUAAUUGCUCUUCUCACUACGACAAUCAGGACGACGAAAGCAACAACGACUUCGAUUACGAUUACUCCGACUAUUACGACUACGACAACGACCACGACGACGAUUAAGACGACAACGACGACGACGACGAUUACGUGUAAAACGUUUUCAACGACAAAAACGAGAAGAACUAAGAGAACAAGGUGGAGGUGGACCAAAAGAACUCGUUCGAAAAUUUUCGUAUAGAUAGAGAAAUAAUAUUGUGUGCGAUUUUAAAGUAAAGUAAAGGAAAACUAAUAAGAAAAAAAACAAAAUAAGAAUUAAACUGCAGAGGGAUAAAGGAAGAAUAAUAGAAGGAAAAAAAAAGGAAGAGUGAAUUUGGAAGGGUGGGAGGGGGGUAGUUUCGAAGUGUCCCUAUUUAGGGAGUUAUGGAGGUACGAGCCGAGUAUCGUCCCGUGUUGCCCACGGGGGUGAUACCGACCGGCCUCCAAGAUUAUCACGCGGCCAUCCCUGAUCUCAGUCCACCAAGGAGCCAAGGAUCUUCGACAGGUGGGGCAUCCUCGAUCGGUGACUUCGCGCCUCGCAUGUACACGCCACCCACGCCACCCACGCCGCACGACGACGACAAGAUCUUCGGGAGCAAAGCAGACCUGCAGCUCCAUACGCAGAUGCACAUGCGCGAGGCUAAGCCGUACAAAUGCAACCAGUGUUCGAAGGCGUUCGCAAACUCGUCUUACCUGUCGCAGCACACGAGGAUCCACCUCGGCAUCAAGCCGUACCGCUGCGAGAUCUGUCAGCGGAAGUUCACACAGCUGAGCCACCUACAGCAGCACAUACGCACGCACACCGGCGACAAGCCGUACAAGUGCCGGCAUCCAGGGUGUACGAAGGCGUUCAGUCAGCUGAGCAACCUCCAGAGUCACUCUAGGUGCCACCAAACCGACAAGCCUUACAAAUGCAACUCCUGUUACAAGUGCUUCUCCGACGAGCCCAGCCUCCUCGAGCACAUACCGAAGCACAAGGAAUCGAAGCACUUGAAGACGCACAUCUGCCAGUACUGCGGCAAGAGUUAUACCCAAGAGACCUACCUGGCGAAGCACAUGCAGAAGCACGCGGAGAGAACCGAUAAAAGACCACCUAUCAUUGGCACCGGUCUAAGGCCGUCGAUUCACGCGAUGGCCGCCCAUCAUCAGGAUCAUUAUUGGCCGAAGAUGAGUCCGGACUCGGUUAUCGGCGAUCUCCACGAACGGCUGCCACAUCACCACGCCGAAUACCAUCAGAAUCAGAACCCGGAGAUGCUUUUACCUGGCCACGGGCACCGCACCGCCGAGUCCAUAGAGAACGACUCGAGGCAGCAGACGCCUCAGCCCGGACCUGCAGGGAAUCAUCAUCCGAACAGUAGCUCGGCCUUUACACCGAUAUCCUCGAUCUCGAUAAACUCGAUAUCUUCGAUGCAGCAUCCCCUCAAUCCCCUUAAUCAUCUUCAUUAUCCCGCCAGUCAUCAUCCGGCCUCGAGGCCUUACCUAUACGAGGCCUUCAAUUCUACGCAAAAAUCCUCGCCCACUUCGUCCUCCUCGGGCGUCACGCCCGGGACGACGAGCAACCAGAACGCCACCUCCUUCCCUAACCAGCUGAUCAGCCUUCACCAGAUCAGGAAUUAUGCUCAUCAGCCGAAUCUUGGCAAUCUCGGGAACCUCAGCAACAUCGGUAAUCUCGGAAACCUGAGUAGUCUCAACGCCACCAUGGAAAGCCACGCGCUUCUCGGAGGACUCAAGGAGAAACAGUAAUCACUGUUUCUGUCGAUUACAGCGGGAUUAGACGCUAGGGAAAUUUAUCUUGUUCAAACUACUCUUCUUUUUCUUCUAUCCAUCAUCUUCUUAUCUUAUUCUUAUUCUUAUUCUUAUUUUUAUUCUUAUUCUUA